AUGACACUUAGCAUGAGUCCAGAUGUUGAUUACCGACGUGACUACGAUGCACUCGAGGAUGCACUGGCAGGGCGGGCUGUUGGUACCCGUCUCUGCAACGACUGCCAAGCUGCUAAGAUACUCGACCAAUUGAAGCCAUUUGAAUCUUCUGUCGAACCCCCUAAUCCCAACAAAGUUCUCUGGUUCGACUCGAUAGCGGACCUCGCUCUUAGGCGCACUUGUCCCUUCUGCCGAUUUUUGUGGAGGGUCAUUCGUGACGGAAAUAACAAUUGCUGCGCCAGUUGCUGUUCGAUCUUCCACGUACUCCAGCAUGGACAAUCGACGACCAGCGAUUUGAAACCAACCAAAGAAAAACUUCGGGUUUGGCUCUCACUGCAGCAGCAGUUGCAAUUGGACUGGAUAACAACACGAAUCAAUGGACAGAAUGUCAAUCGUCACAUCUCCUUUGGCGGAAUUCAAUUCGUCCACCCCAAAUAUGCAGAUCCCCAGAGAAUCAAAGCGUGGUUGGAAACGUGUCGGGAAUCACACCAAUCUUGUAACGAGCAGCAAUCGAUCUCGAGUCCUGGCUUGCAUGGGCUUUCACCGUCAUGCCUAAGAUUGAUCGAUGUUGAGUCCCGCCUACUUGUUCAAACGCUGCAUUGCGUACCCUUCGUCACUCUCUCCUACGUCUGGGGAGACGCGGCCUCGCGCACCUUUGAGGAAAAAGCCCUGGUAUCCGAGUCGUAUCAUCUGAGCGACUAUGUAUGUCCAAUGGAUACACAACCGAUUGCUCUUCUCGAAGGGAACCUCCCUCAAACAUUUGAAGACGCUAUCGGCUUCACGAAGCGUCUAGGGGAGCGAUACGUCUGGAUUGACGCUUUGUGCAUUCCUCAAGACGAACCCGACAUUAAGGCACAGCAAAUCUCACAGAUGGAUCAGAUCUACUCCAGCAGUGUCUGUACCAUAGUUUCGCUCGAGUCAGGCGUCGAGGGAGGAUUACCGGGGUCCAGCUACAAAUCCCCAAGAAAUGUCAACCAAUAUUUCGAACUGUUGCCUGGAGGCUUGAAAAUAAGUACCUCAUUAAUGCAACUCAGGGACAUCAUGCGAGAAUCUCCCUGGCAAACUCGAGCUUGGACGAUGCAGGAGCAUCUGCUUUCCAGAAGAACAUUGUUCUUUGGUAAGCAGCAGGUCUUUUUCGUUUGCGGCGAGAUGACGACGAAAGAAAGUUGGACCCAGCCCCAUACUGAGGCAUACGCUGUUGAACCUGAUUGGGAUCCUUAUGAUGAAUGGGCAGAAUAUGAUCUCCCGCUACCAACUGUGACCCGAAGACACAGUUUGAGGCACACAUACCAGAGUUGUGCCACCCUUUACUCCCAUCGCAACCUCACUUUCCCUAGCGACCGCUUCCGAGCAUUUGAGGGCUUGCAAGCUCGAUUGUCCAAACUAUACCAAGUCAAGUUUAUCCAUGCUAUGCCUAUUGGCGAUGCGGACUUCCUCAGAGCUUUGCUCUGGAGGCACUCCUCCAUAAAUCCUACUCUACUACGCGACUUCAACUCCCCUUCAUCCACUCUCCGUAAAUGGCCUCACUGGACCUGGCUCAGCCACCCUGGAGGAAUUGACUAUGAUCCAUUCAUCUUCUGGAGUCACCGCCAAAGCUAUAGGAAGGACCUCAAGCUUCCUGACCCCAAGGCAUGGUAUCAAGGACCAAAUGGGCAGUUCUACUCAUUGACGAGUACGCCGGCGUUGGACAGCGGCAAUCAAAGUUCCCCUUUAAACUCUAUUGCCGAUAUGGCGAACGUACGAGUGCUUAAAUUAUCCGGACUGGCCUUGGACAUUGAUAUUACGAGGUGGUCUCGGCGUCUAGGAAACGAUCUAUCAUCGGAGGUAUGGCGCAACCCUGAUUUCUCCACCGCUCGGGGCUCAAUCACCUUCCAUAUAGGAAUGAUGUUUGAUGAUCAGCGAGACGGUAAGCCUAACCUCCCAGAAGGGACUCGUUACAUUCGCCUUCUGCGCCUCAACCCGAGGGACCGACCAAAGAUGCCCUGGGUUUUAGUCCAGAAUAGGCAACAUCAGGUUCUUAAGCCAAAUGCAACUCUACAUGGUAGCAGCCAGCUUGCUUCCACUAGAAAUGAAAGCGAGCCAAGAGCAGAGACGGAAUUCUCGUCUGCUAUAGACUGGAUCAGCCGCAGCGAUGGCCCAGGCGAGAUGGAAGCGGACUCUGGUCUCCUUGUUGCGGGGAUCACUCCCGCUGAUAUUGUCACCAGAAGGCUUGGUAUAGCAUACGUUAGAAUGCUGGACUUCUUGGUUGCCGGUGCUGAAGUAAAGGAGGUACUUUUGGGAGACUAG